AUGAACGAAACAACAUUAAUAUCGCACACAGUGGCAGGAUCACUGGACAGAUUUGGAAAUUGUAGAGGCAUGAAUUUUAAAUCGAGUAGAGGAGAAUGGGAAGACGUCGUAGUACAAGAUAAAUUCAAAAUAUAUUUAUCAGAAGAUUCGCCUAUAGCAAACACCAAAGAUAACACUCUUAUACUUCCGUCGGGUACAAAAAUGAAAUUAUCCGAUAACUAUGGUAUUGACACGUUUUAA